AUGGACUUCCUGAGCCGCCAAAAGGGACUCUGCUUGAAACGGCUUCAUGCACCAAAGGCUUUGCUAUCGAACAUUGGGCUUUGCAAUGACUAUCUCACAGUACUGAGAAGAGGAGAGAGCCUUGCACAGUACUUGGGAGAGAAGUUGUUCAUCAACUACAUGGAAGAGAGACUCAACAAUCUUCUCAACUCUUCAGAUCAUCCUAUUUCCAUCCAUGACAGUGAAGGACGGGCCAAGCAUGUUAGGUGGGCCUACCUCUUACGCCACCUGGAAGCUGAUCAAUUCGAAGAAGAAGAUGGUGGUAUAUAUCGCUACUCUGUUUCGGGACACACUAUCAAACUGCCCGAAUAUACUUACCAAAUGAUCCGAUGCGGAAUUCUUCAACAGUUCCUCGAGCCAUGGCCAAUAUUGGAAGAUGUGCAGAAGGAACUGGACACUACUGAUCAGACUUUUGUCACUGCACUGCAUUGGUAUGACGAGCUUUCACAAGCCCGUGAGAGAUUCGGCACCCUGCUGCACGAGUUGCAUAAACGACGUGAUAUACUCCGUUCAGUGUUGCGAGUCACAGCAGUGGAUAGGCCGAGCAAAAGAUUUCUGGCGGCCGCGGAGCUGUCAAAUGCUAAGUCCCAUGAAAUGCAGCCAAUACCAGAGGACGCUGAAGGCUACAAACUCCUCGAUACCGAGGUGCAUCGACGUGAUGAUGGCCAAAACAGCCUUAGCUGCCAGUCGCAAGCUACCCCGGACUUGGCAAUCCGUAUUUUGGAUGAAAGCCCUCGGGUAGAGCAACUAUAUUCAUUGGAGCAGCUGGACACCGUGUCUAGUCAUCAGUUGGUUGAAGAAAAUAAUAUCUUUUCAAAUCAGCAUAAAGGCCAGAAGGAAAGUCCACCUAAUCGUGGCCGAUACUAUACGCAAAGCCUCAAUUCAUAUUCAAGGCAGAUUUCGAGACAAAAGAGGAGGAAUAAGUAUGCAGAACAGGAACUGAAGCACGCUACCUCGCAACCACCUCUUUCUGUACAUCAUUGGAAGUCGUGGUUCCAUAUGGACAUGGCCAAACUCAGUGUCGUCGUCAACACCAUUUUCCGGCGCAAUCUCAUCCAGAUGGGUCUCCUCUUCGUCAAGGACGUGUUGGACUCCCGCGCCGAGGUUGAGAAGAUCGUGACCCGUGCCAAGAACGUCUCCCCGUCGGAUGAGAGUGAGACAUAG